AUGUACGGGGAUUCUGUGGUACCCGCCCAAAGUCCUAGUCCAAAGCCUCAGUCGCACGAUGCGUCAUCCAACCGUCUGCUGGAGGCCAAACUCCUUCAUCACUAUUACACCAGUACAAGCAAUAGCGUGUCCAGUCCUGAUGAUUACAACCAGUGGCACAACGUAUUUCCCGAGGCAGCCACUGCCCAUGCCUAUGUUCUAGACAGCGUCCUGGCAUUCACAGCGUUGCAUCUUGCGUAUCUAGAACCCAACAGCCGGCAGACCUGGCUGGGAAUCGGCUCGCAUUACAACAACAAGGCUUGUUCGGAGUUCAGGAAGGUUGUGGGACACGUCUCUACUUCCACUCUGUGGCCGGCUUUGGUAUGCUCGAUCUAUAUUGCCCUGUUUGCGAUCGCGCGCAUUGCGCUUGUCGGCCAUAAGAUACAAUCGAGCCAUCUGGCCGAUGUCCUUCAGACAAGGACACUGCUGCAAGGGUGUCUCUUUUUCCAUGAUGCCAUGGAGAGCCUGAAUAUUCGGUCGGGUAUAAUGACGGAAUCACAACUCAGUCGGGACAUCCCUCGGCGCGACGAUCGUCCUCUACCCGUGAUCCCAGGGCCAACUAUCUGUCGGAUGGCUGCUUUGGUACUGGAGAAGCUCCAAACAGAACCAGUUCAACCCCGAUUUGAGGUCUGCAGGGUAGCAUGCCAGACGUUGAUGGAUGGUAUGGAUAGCAAAUAUACAGUCGAGACUCAGGGUCGGAAUGUGUUCCUGUGGCCGUUGUCAUUGAACGAUUCAUUCAUGGGGUUGCUCCAGGCCAAGGAAUUCCCGGCACGUCUGGUGUUUUCGCUGUAUGCUCUGGGUCUGCACUUCUUUAAGGGAUUCUGGUAUAUUGGCGACGCCGGAUACCGACUGGGCAGGGAGCUACUGCCUUUAUCAGAGCCGGUGUCCGAGUACUGGGUUGACGUGACGGCGUCGAUCAGGGCGGAGUUCGAGGUUGAUCGGGCUGUUCAGUUCUAA